UAUUUAACUUCGUAUGUGUUUUAAAUGUGUUUUAUAUUCUGUUAUGCCAUUUCCCUUUAUAGUUAACACAUAUUUUCCAACAAUGGAUUUUGAUGGCCUAUGGUUAUUCCAAGUGUCUGGAAUAUAUUGCAUUUUAAUUUAUCUAAAUAGUGUGGGUGGUCUAUGAGAGUCAAGGCUGUCUACAAGAGAAUUUGGUGUUUCAGGAAUAAUUGGUACAGGAUUACGAUUAAGAGCCUCAGUAGCGCAGUGGUUAGAAUGCAGUACUGCAGGCUAUAACUGCUGCCUGCUGGCUGCCUGCAAUUUGGCAGUUCAAAUCUCACCAGGCUCAAGGUUGACUCAGCCUUCCAUCCAUCCGAGGUGGGUAAAAUGAGGACUCAAAUUCUUGGGGGCAAUAUGCUGACUCUGUACACCACUUAGAGAGGGCUGUAAAGUGGUAUAUAAGUCUAAGUGCUAUUGCUAUUAUGGAAUUAGCACAUUUGCGAAAGCUGGUCACCAAUGGCACAACCUCUUGGAAAGUAGUAGAUCCUCUUUCCUUGAGGGUCUUUAAGGAGGGUCUGUUUAGACAUCUUUGAAGAUUUCUGCACUGGUGAUUGAAUUAGGCUAGAUGAUCUCUAGGCUCCAUUACAUCCUGUGAUUCUGUGGCCUUCCCUAUUGUUUGUUCAGCUGUGUUCUUAUGAACAGGUAGCAACAACAAUGUCCAAAUCAUCCUGAGCUUCAGUCUUUCUGAUGCCAACUUCUCCUCCUUCUCAGGUCACCUUCAUGGAAAUUUUAAAUACAUCUUGAAAAUCUUGAAUAAGUGUAAAUUAUGUCUGAGUGCACGAAAAGCUUUUGAUGUACCUUCUUCAUCUGGGAAGAAAAAACGACAGGCGAUUCAAUGCCUAACAUCGAAGACUCUCAGUUGGAGAGUGAUCCUGAAGAAAAUGGGCCCAAAACUGGAAGGAAGACUUCAGAAGUUAAUCUUCAUGGUACUGUGAAAUCAUUUUGUGCUCCAGGUACUUCAGGGGCCUCUAUGAGUUCUGGUGGGGACAGGCAUUAUCCAUGGGGAUGUCCUGUGACUCACACCCGAGAAAAGUUUUAUACCAUUUGUUCAGACUACGCUUUUUUAAAUCAGGUAACAUCUAUUUGCAAAAGCCCAAGUGCUACAGUGAGUGCCUGCUUACAAGACAGUGCUGCCUUAAAUGAUGGAAAUAAUUCUGCUUUUAUUAGUGUUCGAACUGGACCUUCGGAUAUAGUUUACAACGAUGAUUCUAACCUGGAAAGUUUAUCUAUUAGUCUUGGAAAACUGCCAUUGGCGUGGGAAAUAGAUAAGUCUGAAUUCAGUGAUACAUCCCCAGAUUUGAAGAAUCGAGCAGGGAACAUGAAGAAGCAGGGAAGCAAGAAAACGGUUGUAGAUAAAAAAAGUAAACAAUACAGGGAAUGUCCACAGCAUUACACCCUUGAAGAACUAAAGCCACGGAAAGUGUUAGAUCUCCGGAGAUGGUACUGCAUAAGUCGCCCCCAAUAUAAGACUUCCUGUGGGAUUUCAUCUCUAGUCUCAUGCUGGAAUUUCCUAUAUAGCACAAUGGGAACUGGAAAUUUACCACCUAUUACUCAAGAAGAGGCUUUGCACAUAUUGGGCAUUCAACCACCUUUUGAAGAGAUAAGAUUUGGUCCAUUUACUGGAAAUACUACACUAAUGAGGUGGUUCAGACAAAUUAAUGAUUAUUUCCAUGUCAAAGGAUGUUCCUAUUUUCUCUAUAAACCUCAUGGGAAGUAUAAGACUGCUGGAGAAACUGCUUCAGGAGCUUUAACAAAAUUAACACAAGGGCUGCGAGAUGAAUCAAUGGCAUAUAUUUAUCAUUGCCAAAAUCAUUAUUUUUGUCCAAUUGGAUUUGAAGCAACUCCAAUAAAGCCAAGCAAAGCAUAUAAGGGAUGUCUCUUACAGCAAGAUGUAGAAUACUGGAUACUCAUUGGAGAGCCAAGCAGAAAACACCCCACUAUUCACUGCAAAAAGUGGGCAGACAUUGUAACAGAUUUAAACACUCAGAAUCCUGAAUACUUAGAUAUUAGGCACUUGGAAAGGGGUCUUCAAUAUCGGAAGACAAAGAAGGUAGGAGGGAAUCUACAUUGUAUCAUUGCUCUUCAGCGGUUUAAUUGGCAUCGGUUUGGACCUUGGAACUUUCCACUUGGAAAUGUUCAGCAAGAACUACAGCCUCCAUCUCCAACUCAGGGCUUAGCCAAAUCUGAGAGUGAAGACAACAUCUCCAAGAAGCAACAUGGACGCCUUGGGAGAUCAUUCAGUGCUAACUUCCAUCAAGCUUCUGUCUGGAGGAAGCUGUCUCAUCUUCAUGAAAGGCGGAAUAGUGGCCUUCAACGUUACGCCAACUGUGAUGGGAAAGACUAAAAAGGAAUGUUUUUUUCAUCUGUGCUACUGUAAUACAUUCCUAAAGCAUGGUAAAUAACUUAUUAUGCACAGAAACAGGAAUGUAGGGAAAUUUCAUACAAAAUUCUUAGGAAUGUUUGUUAUUUCAGUAUGUAAUUGGUAUAUAAUACUAAUGCAUUGUAAUUGUUACAUAUUGGGAAUAACAAGAAAUGUCAGUUAAAAGAUAAGCACAGAAUACCAGUUAUGGGCAAUCUAGUAUAAUGGCUAAUUGAUUCAUGUUUCAGACUAUGAAAUCAGAACAGAAGUAGAUCAAAUUCAUUUGUGGGCAGGAAAGUUCAUUAUUAUGUGAUACAGAUUAUAGAUAAAGCAUGAGAUUAUUACCUUCCAAAAGUAUUUAUUAAUUGCAAACUAUAUAAUGAUGACAAAUGUAUAAAAUAUAUUUGCUUCUAAGUAUUUUCAAAAAAUGCAAUAAAUUGUGGUACAAUUCAGAACUGACAAAACACUAAAUGUCAAUAUAUAAUUAAUUGAUGGUCUGUUGAUCAAUGGAAUUAUUGCUCUAUACAGUUUAAGUUGUUUGAGUUGGCAGUUCGUAGUUAGUAGGCAAGAAACCUAAGGAAAGAUAAGUAACUAUCUGUUUCUUUUAGAAUUGGUCUAGUAUAGGGGUCUGCAAACUUGGCACUUUUAAGACUUGUGGCUUUGCUGGCUGAGGAACUCUGGGAGUUGAAGUCCACAAAAGAGCCAAGUUUGCAGACCCCUGGUCUAGUAUAAACAUAAACCACCACUGCCAGUCAUGUCCUUUUUGUGUGACCUGAAUUCCGUUCUCAGUUGGUUGGCUUCUUUUAAAAAAACCUCUCACACUCAUUUCAUAUGGUUAUCCAGUAAAUACCAAAACUUUCUGUGGUGGGCUACAGUGAUUUCUUGUAAUAUUUGAAUUCUCUUUCACUUCACAACUUCGUUUGAUUGUUGAGGAAGAUGUUUUAAGUGCCCAAAUAAACUGGCAGCCACAGCAAUAUACCUCUUCAGAGCACUCUUUGUAACUACUUUUUUCAAAUGAUCAUAUCAAAUAGUUUUAUUUGGAAGUAUAACAUCGGUUCUCAUGGAAAAACCAUUUUAAUAAAAACAGUCUUUAUCCAUUGA